AUGGCGUACCAAGCACCUUCAAUUCGGCCCACGCCCUUGCCAACACCAGAGCCGUUCGUUGACCCUAACGAAGACGUAGUCGACUGGUCAGAGGACUACGACGAACUUCCGCCGAACGACACAAGCUACAUCGCCUACCAAGAGUACCGUUAUGGUAUCACUGACCACACGCAGGCACCCAUGGGAUACGAUCGGUGGACUGCUGAAUGGAACGGUAACGAAGAGACGGGUGCGAUGCGAAUUGAUGACGAUGGCAGUGAGCCUGGUUGGCCUGUGGGUCGUGAUGGCGAUGUUGACGGCGAUAAGGAGAGUCUUAGCUCGACCAGCUCGAAGCGGAUCUCAGAUUCGGUACAGAAUGGCUUGAAGCGAGUGCCAGCUGAGAGUUGGUCUGAGAUGAUGCGAUCCAGGGAUGACGGCGACGAGGACGAGGCAAUGGAUGAGGACGAGCAGUCCGACUCCGAUUCCUCUUCUGGAAGCGACGGCGUCGACGAAGACGCCAACCUACACAACUCCGAUCUCCUCGAUAUCGACUCAGACUCCGACAGCGACAGCGACUCCGACGAUGACUCCGAAACGCACCGCAAAAUCGACCUCCCAGACUCCACCAUCAACAUUCUGAUGCCGAAUGAACACAAUCGGGACACCACUCCAAACACCGGUCUCGGCGCCACCCUCACCUUCACCCGCUCCUCAAGCCCCAACUCCUCAACCAAGAUCCGAGAGAUGGAGUGGUCCUGGGCCUCAUUCGAUGAGCCCGCAUCCGCACUCCUCCAGAACGACGAGCUCCUCUAUCUCAAGGACACCCUAUGGCAGAUCCGCGAAGCCAUUCCGAAGAUGCGAGACGCGGCGAGUCAGGCUGACAGGGAUGAGUUAGAGGUGACCGUGCAACAGCUUGCCGCAGGGCUAGAGCAGCAUCGAAAGGCGAGGGAUGCGCUGCUUGCGGAGCAGUAUGCGCGACGGGCUAGGCGGGGUGCAUUCAGUGGUGCUGAGGCCCUCGGUGGUUCGAACGGGGGCGAAGCCGAUCGUGUCUUCGACUAUCAGUUGGAGGUGGCGAAGAAGCGGGCGGAGGAGGCCGUGCAAUUGGAGAGUCUGUUGGGUCUGCUUACUCUGUCGGACGAAAGUCAGGCAAAGGCCGGCUUAGACAGCUUGAUGGAGGGUCUGAGGUUGUAA